CCGCUUGGGUAAUGAGCAAAACAGCGCCGCAGGCCCGGUGCUUCGGCCUAGGGAGUUGGUGAACCAUUGUGCUGGGACAGUAAACCUAAAGCGGUGUGCUCGCCGUCUGCGCGGAUUAGGAAGCGCCUCGAUGAAAGAAUUGCGAAUGUAGGCAAGCAACCAAGGCCCAAUAGCCUAUUAUUGACUGUUGCAUAGUCCCAAUAGUGAUUGUCGAGCUUUCUCGAAGGCGAAUCCUUGUGGAAGCAUAGGACUGUCGUUGGCGAUAGAAGGCGGUCACGUUACCCUCUACCCACGUGACUGUUGCACUUGCGCCGAGAAUCCGCCGCGUACAAACCGAUUCCCUUCCGACAAUCGGCUCGACGACUCUCCGACUUGCUAGCCGCACCAUACCCAUCAGCUAGCUUAGUCUGUCCUUGCCUCGUACUCUGCCUUUAUUCUCUUCGUGCAGAGACCGCUUCGCACAUGUGAUGUCCAUUGAAGUCGACUGGGCCACAGCAACCUCGGGUCCGGAUGGCGAGGCUCUGGCCGAGCGCAUCCGCUCGUUCAUCCACGACAAGUUCCAGCAGGUAGCUCUUCCGCGAUUUAUCCGAUCCGUCCAGGUCCAUUCGUUUGAAUUCGGUACAAUCCCGCCGGAGCUCGAGAUCAAAGACUUCUGCGAACCCUUCGCCGAUUUCUAUGAGGAGGAUGAAGAUGACGAGGCAUCCGAUGUGUCCGAGGAGCUUGUCUCCGGACAUGGCACUCAGUGGCAUCGGACUGGCUCAGAGCUCAGCGAGCCGCCUUUCCGAGACGAGAACGCAAUGCAUCAACCGCUGCGCAACCCAUUCGAUGAGAGGUUCCAACCAUCCGCCCUGCGCUCCCCAAUAGCUCUUGGGGACCAUCUCAACCCGCACUUUCUUCCUCGCUCCGGCACUCCUGGUAUUCCCGGUGGAACGUCAACACUAGGCUAUCAUUUGAUGUCUUUAGGUGGCCUGUCAGGGACGCAGACGCCGCUUGCUGCAGUUGCAGGUGGAAACCCGUUCGCCAACAGUUGGAAUGACUCAAGCAUAAAGGGAGCAGGGAGCAGAGGGCCCCUGUCAUCCCCCGCCCUCGAUGCAGCGCAUCAGAAACAUCCGGAAGCCGAGCUAGAUAGCAGCAACCCGACCUCGCGUCCCUCUACGUCAAGCACGCUUCCUUCGCACCCGCCUGGGUCCAACAAUGGUAGUGGUGAUGCGGCAGCAGCAGCAGGUGGUAGCAGUCACAUGGCACGCACAGCAGAGGACAACGGGCAUCCAGACGACUCUGGCUCUACCGAACCUCUUAGGCUGCCUCGCAUGAGAGAACGUCGGCCCGAGGACUUCCAGAUUUUAUGUCACGUCAAGUACGGAGGGGAUGUGCGUUUGUCAUUGACUGCGGAAAUUCUCCUGGACUAUCCAAUGCCCAGCUUCGUCGGGCUGCCACUGAAGCUGAAUGUCACCGGCAUAACCUUCGACGGGGUCGCGGUGAUCGCGCAUAUUCGCAAACGGGUCCACUUCUGUUUCUUAUCCCCCGAGGAUGCAGACGCGUUGAUCGGGUCCGACCAGCAAGACGCAGGAAGCCAGGAAGACAAGCCACGACCCGAGUCCACCAAACGGCACGGAGGUUUGCUCGAGGAGAUCCGGGUGGAGAGUGAGAUCGGCCGCAAAGAGGAUGGAAAGCAGGUUCUGAAGAACGUUGGCAAGGUCGAGCGGUUUGUCUUGGCGCAGGUGCGGCGCAUAUUCGAGGAGGAGUUUGUCUAUCCUAGUUACUGGACAUUCCUGGUCUGAAUGAGCUCACAUGGGACUAUCCAGAAAACAGGUCCUUCAGAGCGGCGUAGUACCGCGUCACCGGGUGCCCGUCUAUGUAAAUUAGCAGUAGCUUGGAAAUAACAAAAGGAGAUAAUGCUCGUGGGAAUG